AUGGAAACCCCAAGGAAUCGCAAGCAACGCCGCGCGGCAGCUUCAUCCCACGAUGAGCCUGAAAUCUCCAUGGCCCACCCACCGCGCGACGAUCCAACCCAAAACAAACCGACCGUCGAAAAAACCCUAUAUGAUAUAAUCGCAGAAAGACAACAUGCGCAGACAAAAAAAGGCGGGAAAAUACCCCCAUCAGCAGAAGGAAUGGGCAUACCCGCCCAGUCCGCGGGAACUCGAUUCGUGACGGUUGACGCGGAUGGAAACCUGGUCGACACAGACGGGGACAUCAACAACCACCUCUCGAAAACUUCCCAGACCCAAUCAGGCAAAAGCCCCCAAACACCCAAGGCACACGCGAAGCCUGACACCGAAACUGUGGUUGACAAGCCCCUCCCGCCCCUCCUCGACACAAUCCUGCUCUCCUUUCCGCUCACAACGCUCCAUCUCACCCUGGGCUACCUAGCAGCGCACCAAUACGCCGAAAGCAUCGACCUACCCAAACUCUUCAAAGAAUCCGUGACAACCGCUUUCCCUCUCCUGACAUUCUUCGUGCACCUCGCGCACGGCCACAUCAUCUCCUUCAGCAAGCGCGGGUCAACGAACGAGCCCGCUCCUUCUUUGUUCCCGCUGACAGCUGACAAGCUCACCGUUUCGUUCUUGCGAAAAUUGGUUUUCCCGCCCGCGCUGCGGACCCUCUUCUUCUUGCCUGUUGCGGCAGUCCUCGGCGCACACCUUAUCGCUAUCACGAAUGGGGAUCCGUAUUAUGCUGUCAUGAAGAAGGCGCCGGCUGUCGGCACGAUUUGGAUCUGGUGUAUUCUGGAACUGUCGUUUGGGGCGGCGGUGCUUGGGGCUCUGGGGCCUUUGGUUUGGGGCGUUUGGUGGAUGGGUUAUGGGAUUUUUGAAAUUGGUACGGAAUUUCGCCUUUCAAAGAUGGAGACUUUGGGAGUAUAUUUCAAAAGACUUCCAUUUGCGAAUUUGCUUCGUCAAUGA